CAUCGCGACAGCCACCGACACUCCUUCUGGGGCAAUCGCUGACCGGCUCGGGCCGUGGGAGGCGGCCGUUGGAUCGGCUCCUCCCUCCCCGCCCGCCCCUCCCUCUGUUCGAAAACCCGCCGAUCCGAUCUUUGGGUCCGGCGAAAGGAUGCUGGGGUCGUCGGGCCUGCGCCUGUCCUGGGCCCGGCGGGUGCUGGGGGCUCUGGCGCGGGAUGGCCGCGAGGCGGCGCGAUUUUCGACCCAAUCGGCCUACCCGAUGAUCGACCACACCUACGACGCGAUCGUCGUGGGCGCGGGCGGCGCGGGGCUAAGGGCCGUGGUGGGCCUCGCGGAGCAGGGCUUCAAGACAGCGUGCAUCACAAAGCUGUUUCCCACAAGAUCCCACACCGUGGCUGCACAGGGUGGCAUCAAUGCGGCCCUUGGCAACAUGACAGAAGAUGACUGGCGGUGGCAUGCUUACGACACCGUCAAGGGCAGCGACUGGCUUGGGGACCAGGAUGCCAUCCAGUACAUGUGCCGCGAAGCCCCAAAGGCCGUGAUCGAGCUUGAAAACUACGGGCUGCCAUUCAGCAGGACCAAGGAGGGCAAGAUCUACCAGCGGGCCUUUGGGGGACAGAGCCUGAAGUUUGGAAAGGGUGGCCAGGCAUACCGAUGCGCGGCAUCAGCCGACAGGACAGGCCACUCGAUGCUCCACACAUUGUAUGGGAUGUCCAUGAAGUUUGACUGCCAGUUUUUUGUGGAGUACUUUGCACUAGACUUGAUAAUGGACAAGGAUGGCAGCUGCAGGGGCGUGACCGCACUCUGCAUGGAAGAUGGCAGCCUGCACAGAUUCAGGUCCCACCAAACCAUCCUGGCAACAGGUGGCUAUGGAAGGGCAUACUUCUCUGCGACAUCUGCACACACAUGCACAGGUGAUGGCAAUGCAAUGGUCAGUAGGGCUGGCCUCCCGCAGCAAGAUCUGGAAUUUGUGCAGUUCCAUCCCACUGGGAUUUAUGGUGCUGGGUGCCUCAUCACCGAAGGGGCCCGUGGAGAGGGUGGCAUACUGAGAAACAGCCAGGGCGAGAGGUUCAUGGAGAGGUACGCCCCCACUGCAAAGGACUUGGCAUCCCGCGAUGUGGUGUCCCGAUCCAUGACUAUGGAGAUUCGGGAGGGCCGUGGUGUGGGCCCCGAGAAAGACCACAUCUUUCUCCAUUUGGACCACCUCCCUCCAGAGAUCCUUGCAGAGAGGCUGCCAGGCAUCUCUGAGACGGCUGGCAUCUUUGCUGGUGUCGAUGUCACAAAGGAGCCCAUCCCUGUGCUGCCCACGGUGCACUAUAACAUGGGCGGCACGCCCACCAACUACAAGGGCCAGGUGGUCUGCCCCAAGGGUGGCGACCCCGACGCCAUCGUGCCCGGCCUUAUGGCGGCAGGGGAGGUGGGGUCGGCAUCCGUCCACGGGGCCAAUCGCCUUGGUGCGAAUUCCCUCCUGGACAUCGUCAUCUUUGGGCGGGGCUGUGCGCUAACAUGUGGGGAGAUUAUGAAGCCCGGCAUGCCACACAAAGAUCUGCCGGCAGACGCCGGCGAGCUGAGCGUCUCCCGCAUCGACAAGCUGAGGAACGCCAAGGGCAGCCUGACGACGGCUCAGGUCCGCAAAGACAUGCAAAAGAUCAUGCAGAACCACGCGGCUGUCUUCAGGACGUCGGAGUCGCUGAAGGAGGGCGUACAGAAGAUCGACCAGUGUGUGCAGUCGUUCAAGGAUGUGAAGGUCACGGACCGCUCCCUCGUCUGGAACUCCGACCUCCUGGAGACCCUGGAGCUGGAGAACCUGCUGACCUGCGCAGCCAUCACCAUGCACCUAGCGGAGGCACGCAAGGAGAGCCGCGGCGCCCAUGCACAUGAGGACUACCCCAAGCGAGAUGACGAGGCCUGGAUGAAGCACUCGCUGGGGUGGUGCGAUCUGAAUUCAGGGGAGGUGAAGAUCGACUACAGGCCGGUGCACGAUCAGCCGCUGGACGACGAGAUGGAGCACAUCCCGCCCUUUGCACGCGUGUACUGA